AUGAGCAGACCAGCAGAUAAGAAUGAGAAGGUCAUUCGUGAUCUCUUAAAGUUACCAGAGAAUAUGAAAUGUAUGGAUUGUCCAAUCAAAGGUCCUGUCUAUGCAUGUUUAGAUCUCGCAACUUUUGUUUGUCAAUCAUGUAGUGGUAUUCAUUCAAACAUGGGUAGAAGAGUUAAAUCAGUAUCGAUGGGAUCAUUCAAACCAGAGGAAAUUCAAAAGUUGCAAAACGGUGGAAAUAAGGCUGCUCGUGCCUAUUGGUUGGCUCGUUGGAGACCCGACGACUAUCCAGAACCAGAGGAAGGUGAUUCCCAACGUAUCAGAAAGUUCAUCGAGUUGAAAUAUAACAAUAAACAAUGGGUCGAUAAUAACUCUGGUGGUGGUGGUGGCGGUGGUAUCUCACAACCAAAGAUUGAACCACUCUCCAAUAUUCUCGGACCUGACAUUCCACCUAUCCGUGUUGCACACGAUAGAAAUUCACAACAAUUCCAACAACAAGAUUUAUUCAAUAAUAAUAAUAAUAAUAAUCAGAAUAUAAAUAGUAAUAAUAAUAAUAAUCAACAACAACAACAAUAUCAACAACAACAACAACAACAACCACAAUCAAUUCAACAUACACAAGUUUAUAAUAAUAAUCAGAAUAAUCAGAAUAAUAGUGUAACAUCACCUAAUCUUUGGACCGAUAAACCAGGUAGCUCCAACGGACAGAAAUCAUCUGCGACAUCGCUGUUGGAUCUCAAUGAUAUAUUCUCUUCACCAGCUACCACUCCACAGGUACAGUCUUACAAUAAUCCGAGCAAUCAAUGGGCUACCACCAAUAGUAAUCCAAUGAUGGGAAUGGGUAGCAAUAACAUGAACAGUAAUAAUAGUAGUAAUAAUAAUAUCAAUGGUGGUGGUGGUGGUGGUCUUUGGGAUAAUAACCAAUGGCCAACUCAAGCUAAACCUGCAGCUCAACAACCACCAGCAUUCAAUCAUCAGAAUUCAUUCAACCAAUUCCCACAACAACAACAACAACAACAACAGCAAUACAAUCAACAACCACAACAACAGUUUAAUCAAUUCCAACAACCAUUCAAUCAAUCACCACCAUUCACUUCUCAAAAUUCAUUCAAUCAAUUCCCACAACAACAACAACAACAACAAUACAAUCAACAGCAACAAUUCAAUCAAUUCCAACAACCACAACAAUUUAACCAACAACCAAACCAAAUGCAACCAAGUAUGGGACUUGACUACUGGAAUCCCAAUGCAAACAACAAUGCUGCUUUUUCACAACCAAUACAACCACAGGGUGCUCAAAGUCAAAACCAAAACAAUCCAUUCUCACCACAACCUGAAAAGAAAGAUUACUCUGCUUUUGCUAAUUUGUCACCAUUUGCUAAUGUAAAUUCAAACUCAUCAACUCCAAAUGCAUUUGCCAAUCAAUCGCCAACAGGCUCGUUCAAGGCAAACAAUAACAGUAACAUCUCUAGUCAAGGUGGUAACAAGGUGAACCCAUUCGAAUCUACAUUUAAUGUGAAUCCAUCGAUGCCUCUAAGCAGUCACGGCAAUAAGACCUCGUCAAAUCCUUUUGCAAAUGGCGGUGCUGCACUUCCUGCAACUACAAGCUCAGGAACAUUACUUGGAAACAACCAAAACAACCCAUUCAAUAACCAAAACGACUUUUUUGGCAAUAAUAAUAAUAUGCCAGCCACAAUAAACUCACAGGGUGCUGGUGGCGUUCCCCCGAGAGCUUCUUGUGCUAGAGGGUUAGAGGAAUCAGGAAUAAUAUUCUGUGGUGUAUGUUUAUUUAAUAUUGUAUUUGCUCAAGAUCAAUAUCCUGUUGAUCAAAAAGCUAGAUGUGAACCAUACGUCGGAGAUCCUCCAUCAAAAAAACUAUGUGAUGGUAAAAUUGUAAAUCCAAAAUCUAUUUAUGUUGCAGGUGAUCAAACUCAAGAAGAUUUACAGAAGAGUGUCGAAUUUUUGUUUGGAUUUUUAUCAACAUCAGGUUCAGAUGAAUGUAAACAAUCUGUAAAUACUACUGUUGGGAUUUGUGCAAUGUAUUUAAGAGAAUGUGAAUAUGUAACAUUGUCAACAAAUCAAAAAAUAGCUGUCCCAGUUAGACCAUGUAAACAUUCUUGUACAGAGAUGUUUAAUUUCUGUCAGAUUACACCAAAUCCACUUUUAAAUUGUGAUUUACAAGAGAAUCCUCCAGUUGGAAAAAUAUUUGUUGAACAAUAUAGUUCAUAUAACCUCUCUUCCGUGGAUAAAUCAGCAAGCUCAAAUUUCACUGUCCAGUGCGAAGAUGUCAGUCAAGCCGUGGCUUUUUUGAACUUAACCAAUUCGAAUCAGACUGAAAACUUUUCAAAUUGCUUGGCACCACUUGUACCUUACAAUACCUCGGAUCGUGCCUUUGCAGAAGCUAACGGUGUCCAAUACACAAGUAACGUAUCCAUCUGUGCCGUUACAUGUCCUGCCCCAAUUUUUACUCGAGAAACUUGGAAGAGAAUCUAUGCAAUGAAUGAUACUUUAACCUAUCUUUCAUUUGCUUCCUCGAUUUUCUUGGUGAUUACCUACGGUUUCUUGAAUCCAAAGAAGUCCAGAUAUGACCGUAUCAAUCUUUGUUUUAUUGCUGCCGUCUGUAUGAUUUGUGUUUCUGGUCUUAUUGUUUCUUUCAAUGGAACCGAGAAGACAUUGUGUCCUACCAGUUAUAGAUUUUCAGUAUUCACCGAUGCCCCAUGUACAGCAUCAGCUUUCAUUCUUCAUAUUUUUGCUAUCUAUGCAGUUUUAUACUGGGCAAUUAUGGCUUUUGAAAUCUGGUGGGGAAUUAAAAAAGUUGGUGGUUUUAGAAAAGAUCUAUUUUGGUAUUAUGCUGCCGGAACAUCUGUUAUUGCUUGGAUAUUUCCUUUAAUUGCCAUUGGUAAAAAGCAAUAUCACUCUGGACUUGCCAAUGUGUUUUGUUGGAUAGAUUCUGGAAAAUAUCAGGUUGCUUUGUUUUGGGUACCACUUGGUGUAAUCUUGCUGGUAGGAGCUACUUUUAUGUUCUUAUUGAUGCAUGAAAUUUAUAAAAUUGUAUCAGCAUCAUCAGGUUCAAAAGGAAAGAAUGCAAAAAUUGAAAUAUUGAAAGUAGAAGCUAAACCAAUCAUUGGUGUAAUUUUAUACUUUUCACUGUUUCUUUAUUUGUUUAUCUAUACAAGAUACGUUCAAGAUAAUUACAAACGAUUCAUUGCUGGAAUUCCUGAAUGGUUCAAUUGUGUUGUUCAGGCACAGGGUGGAAAAGGUGAUCCAUACAGUUGUAUAGUUAAAGGACCGAAUCCAGCCGGUGUGGGAUAUUUCAUUUUCUGUGUAAGAGUGUUUGCUUUGGUUUGUUUCCUUUUGAACGGUAUUUCUAGUAGAUCCUUAAAGAUUUGGAGAGAAUCCUUUGUAUUCAACAACAGAUUAGUCAAACAGUUGAGAUCAUUCACAAGCAAGAUGACUUCUUCCACCGUGUCACAAAGUACAAAUAACAGUAAUACAACUUUCCCAUCUGCUCCCUCUCAAUAUGAUUCUCGUAAUUCAUUGGAUACUCCAUACUCCAUAGAACUCAGAGAGGAAGAAAGUUAA